AUCCUUUUAAAUUAGAAAUGGAAACAGCGCCACCAAUCGACAGAAUCGUUUUAUUAGAUAGAACAACAAGCAAGAGCAGAGAAAACAAGCAAGCAAUCAAGCUUUAAAAAGCAGUGUUUAAUCUCGUUUCUGAUGAGCUGCUGGCUGUUCUAAGUACAAAAAUGGCCACUCCUGCAUCAAAUGAGAAGAAUUUAGUCGAUGAAUUGGAGUCUACAUUUCAAGGUUGUUUCUCGGCAUUGGUUGCUCAGGAUCACCUCAAUGCUGUGGAUCAACAGGAAAUCAGAACAGGUGUUGAGCACUCCAUUCAGCGAUUCUUGGACACGGCGAAGGAAUUGGAGAAUUAUUUCCUGCAGCGGCAGCAGAUGUUAGCAGUCACAAGGCCGGAACUUCCCAUCAAAGAGGAAAUUGACGAGCUGAAGGGUGAACUACAGCGCAGGGAACUCCUCGUCGAGCAACACAAGACCAACGUUCAGAAAUGGCUCAACAUGCUUCAGCACUCGGACAACGUCCCGUCUGUUGCAUCGCAGCAUCAGCAGCAAGGACAGCAGCAGCAAGGACAGCAGCAGCAGCAGUCACAGCAACAAUCCCCCAGACAGAUGGGACCCAGGGGUAUGGGUGCCGGGUAUACUAGCCACCCACCUGCACCCCUGAGUGGUCCCCUGGCGCAUUUGGAACAUGCCGCAUCGAGUAUCGGGGGUAGUUUUGAGCGGAGGUGAGGAGGAACAAGCGGCAUGGCUGAACUAUAAUUGCAGGCCUUUGACCUCGAUAUUGAAGGGACAUCGUAAUUUUCCUAUGAGGAAAUGUCAAUUUGUAUUGGAACUUUACAAAUGGCACCACAGCAAAAGCACAGGGCACCACUGCAAUUGCUGUGGAUGCCCUGGGUUAUUUUGGGGCCUGCUAUCGGAUACAUCGUCAGAACAUCUAAGAAUCAGAGUAUCUCUACACGGCCCAAACCUCAGCCAGAUCAGGGGGUUGGAAGUAGUUUCAAUCUUAACCAUGUAAAACCCUCUUGCAGCUGUGCUUGACUCUUAGUAAAAAGAGAACUGAACAGCCCAUUUCUGGGCAAGGCAUACCAUAGUAUCAAUGCCCGGUUACAGACAGUACAACAGGGUUGGCCUAAACUUUUUCAGUGAUUGGUCAGUGGGACCAGUUAGUAAAAAAUCGGAGGCCAAUUUCAAUUAGCUGCUUUAACCAAAAAUGAUUCUCUGCUUUACCUAAAAUUUACCUAGGGCACAAGCUGUUUUUUUAACAGGACAAAAAGAAAGUUAUGCAGCCAGCUUGCGGGUUUACCAUAAUUUAACAGUUUACAAAAUUCUUCUGUUAACUUUCAAGGCUCAAACAUGUCAAUCUCCUGCUUAUUUAUCUGAACUUGUU